AGUCACCCUGAGCGACUGGCAAUCCCAUAUGGACACGAGGCUUGGUUCUGGCAUAUCCAUAAUAGGCAUAAGAUUGAAUUUCCUUGUUUUCUUCAUCGUCAUGGUGACGCCCACGUUUUUAGUGACAGUAUUACCAUACCCACCAAUAAAACAAACGCCGAACACUCAAGGUUAAGGAAUAAUCACACGUGAUAUGCCGGCGGCAAUGCGUAUAAAAAUCCGCGUUUGGUGACCAGGGACUCAUUCGCAAACUAGCAGCUCAACGACAACGGUGAAGACAAGACAAAAAGAUAUAUUUAAAGAUUUAUUUCAAACUGAUAAAGAAAAUGAAAAACAUUGUAUUUUUAUUGGUUGCUUUCCUUGGAAUUUUAUGCAAUUUCAGCGGAACUGAAGCUUGUGGUGGUUGGUCAAGAAAAAUAAGAGGCAGAAAUCCUAAGAUUGUCGUAACGACGAAAAAACCAACAGAGAUGACCACUGAAGCCAUGACCAAAUUGACGGAAGCAACAAGACCCAGUGAACCCGAGGUAACUACACCAAAGGCACCCACCGAAAGGGAAAUCCCAACCGAACCCGAGGUAACUACACCAAAGGCACCCACCGAAAGGGAAAUCCCAACCGAACCCGAGGUAACUACACCAAAGGCACCCACCGAAAGGGAAAUCUCAACUGAACCAAAGGUAACUACACCAAAGGCACCCACCGAAAGGGAAAUCUCAACCGAACCAGAGGUAACUACACGAAAGGCUACCACCAAAGCCGUAAUGGCAACUGAACCCAAAGCCGUGGAACCAGACGCCAAUAUCAUCGAGCCAUUAACACGCCCGACGUCAGUUCACAAGUUCUUCAAACAGUCAGCAUUUGUGAAAAGCACUAAAGAUGAGAGAACGUGCAGUGAUGUUAAAGGAGAAUGCAAAGUAGACUGUGACGUUCAGACGGAGUACGUGCAGGGAUCAUUUCAAUGCCCCGUACGAGCACCACUUUGUUGUGGUAAGAGAUAACCACUCAUAACCUUGAACUCGUAAAAAUGUGUGCAGUGCAUGUGAUGUAAUGAGAACUGAAGCGAUAUCGAUAAAUGCGAGUCGACGAAUGACAUAACUGUAACGAAAUUAAAUGAUUCGCUUUAAAACCUUGUCUCCUCACCUGGGCCUGGGGUCGGUUGUAUGAAGAUGCUAAUGACAUGUGUUAAAUCGUAGUUGACUUUAAAAUAUUCGAUUCUUAUUGGCUAAUUCUGCCACUAACUAUAUAGUUAAAAUAGUUAUCUCUUCAUACAACAGGCCAUUGCUUACAUUACCUCUACGAUCAGACGGAUUUGCAUGCAAAACACAAAAAAAUUCUUUUUCAUCAUCUAGCUACAAUCAUACAAACAAACUGGGGCAAGCUGUAAAAACGUUGUUAAUAAGAUUAAGUGUAGUGUACUUAACUCAUUGGAGGGAAGGUAGGGUCCCAGUGUAAAUGAACGCGGGGUCGAAAUUUAUGUCAAUUUAUUGUAUGGUCUAUGGAUGACAAAAAUUACUAUAUUAAACGCCAUAAAAAUAUUGUCCAGUUUCCAUGACAUGUACUCCAGUCAGUAAAUUAAAGUGCAUGACAAUAAUGAGAAAUUAAUCUGUAAUAAACUAUAUGAAAUUAAAAUUAAAAUAAAUUGUAUUGAACGAAGUGGAUUAAUAUCAGUGAUAGCGGCUAAUGGUUGACCCUUUUGAAGUGGUUAUAUAUGUCGAGAAAUGACGUGUGUUGAUGCAUGUAUGCAUAUUGGACCAACCGCGAUAUUUUUAUAAAUGUUGAUUGCCAAGUUACUUGAUUUUACUGUCGAUAAAGCGUGUGAUUGCCAAUAAAGCGUUUGCAAUGCUUUGGCUACGAUAUGUUUGUCUUAUCCUGAAAUAAGAUAACUUUGUUAAGUCUUUGAAUAAAUUUGUAAGAGGAUUUCACAAGAGCUGGGAGGUUUUUGGUUAUUGUUACUAUUCUUUGUUUGCUAUUCCUAUCACGUGACUGUUCCCCACAAAUGACGGCAAUCAAACAACCUCGGGGCGUUUCUCUUCCUUUAGUGGCAACCGAAGUACGAUAAACUGUGAAGCAAUCCAUAUUUUUGAGCUGAAAAUGUCACUACACUCCACCAAAACACUACAACAUCGAUUUCCUGUCCUAUCCUCCCGUCAACUUAA